GUUUUACUAAAAUAAAAAUUUACUAAAACCUAUUGUUAUUAAGCAUAAUUUACCCAUUUAAUCAUUUAUAUAUCUAUUUUUAUUUUAUUACAUCAUCAUUUCCUUCAAACAGGAUUUUUCCACGAAAGGGACCGGAUAUUGCUGACCAUUCACGGCUUCGGAAGAACAUCUUUUAGGUUCACUUUCAGCCCACAAUUCGAUAAGAACGCUGACGAUGCGCAAUCAACCUUAUUAUACGCAUUUUCUCCAACACACUUCAAUUAUUUCUUUAUCUUUAGAUUCCAUUCAAUUCAGACACGCACUCCAAUUCUCUGUUUUUCACUACCAAAACUCCAAACCCCAAAACCCCUCAAUUUCCGCCGCAAAUUCCCCCAAAACACCAUGACAAUCCAAGCAGAAACCCAUCAAAUCAAGAAACACAAACACCCCUCAAGAAAACACAGCAAGAAGAAAGACAGCGUUACAGUUUCAGUAAACGAGAAAUCCCCACUGAUUCCCAAGAGAAAAGGCGCUCACAAUGAGUUUAAUGGCGCAUCCAUGUCGGGGGCUGUCAUGAACCUUUCCACCACCAUCAUUGGCGCCGGAAUAAUGGCACUUCCGGCCACCAUGAAGGUCUUGGGCCUCGGCCUCGGUAUCGUUGUCAUAAUUCUUGUUGCGGUCUUGUCGGAAGCCACCGUCAGAAUCUUGCUAAAGUACAGUCGACCCGGUGGCACAGAUUCGUAUGGCGGAUUAAUGGGUGAUGCGUUUGGGGAAGUCGGGAAGAAGAUGCUUCAAGCUUGUGUGGUGAUUAAUAACAUCGGUGUUCUUGUUAUCUACAUGAUUAUCAUCGGUGAUGUGGUGGCUGGAUCAUCGUUAAACGGGGUGCACCACCCUGGUUUAUUGGAAGGGUGGUUCGGACCACACUGGUGGACUGGAAGAAUUCUUGUUCUUUUACUCACAACUCUUUGCGUUUUUGUUCCAUUAGCAUCUCUCAAGCGUAUGGAUUCACUUAGUGUUACAUCAGGUUUAGCAGUUGCACUAGCGGUGGUUUUCUUAAUCAUCACUGCAGGAAUCGCUAUCUUUAAAAUGGCAAGUGGGACCCUCCAAAUGCCAAGAUUACUUCCAGAAAUCACCGAUAUUAACUCGGUUUGGAACCUCUUCACUGCAGUUCCUGUUCUUGUUACUGCUUAUAUCUGCCAUUUUAAUGUGCAUUCGAUUGGAAAUGAGCUUGAAAACCCUUCUCUUAUCGAACCAAUUGUACAGAUUUCAUUGGUGUUAUGUACGAUUGUGUACAUAAUGACUAGUUUCUUUGGGUUUAUUCUCUUUGGGGACGCGACAAUGGGAGAUAUAUUGCAAAAUUUUGACUCUGAUUUGGGAGUUCCUUUUAGUAUCGAGCUUAAUGAUAUUGUUCGUGUGAGCUAUGCUUUACACCUCAUGCUUGUUUUCCCACUUGUGUUUUAUGCAUUACGACUUAAUACAGAUGGGCUUUUUUUUGGAUCAUCUGAAGUGCCUUUGGAAUUGGACAACAAGCGAUUUGCUAUUGUUAGUUUUACAGGAGCAACUGCUGCUGUUUGCAUUGGGUUCAUCUUUCCUGCAUCAAUUGCUAUAAGGGAUGUUUAUGGAAUAGCAACGAAAGGAGAUAAGAUUUUAGCUGUUUUGAUGAUUUGUAUAGCUGUUUUUGCGAAUGUGGUGGCCAUAUAUAGUGAUGCUUAUGCUUUGUUCAAGAAAACCCCGUCUACCCGUGUUUUUGUUAAGUGUGUUCGUAGAUGGUUAAAUGUAUCGAAAACAUAUUUCAGAUUAAAACUCGGGAUAUCCAAUCUAAGAGGUAAAAACCUUUACGAAGCGGGCUAG